CGCCCACCACCAUCCAACGCCCUUUGCCCGGCUUUUAGCCUUCGCCACCACCGCCAACUCACUUCAACUUCACAAACACAUUCCAAAUGGCUCCCAAACCCGCUUCCACUGCCGGCAAGGCCCCUGUUUCCACCGCCUCCAAGGCUCCCGCUAAGCCUGCUGAGGGUGCAAAGGCUGCUAAGAAGACCUCCAAGCCCGCUUCUGGUGCUGACGGCGACAAGAAGAAGCGCAAGAAGGUCCGAAAGGAGACUUACUCCUCUUACAUUUACAAGGUCCUCAAGCAGGUCCACCCUGAUACUGGUAUCUCCAACAAGGCGAUGGCCAUUCUCAACUCGUUCGUGAACGACAUCUUCGAGCGAAUUGCCACUGAGGCUUCCAAGCUCGCUUCUUACUCCAAGAAGUCCACCAUCUCAUCACGCGAAAUCCAAACUGCUGUCCGCCUCAUCCUCCCUGGUGAACUCGCCAAGCACGCUAUCUCUGAGGGUACCAAGUCGGUGACCAAAUUCUCUUCCGCUGGUGCCAAGUAAACGGUCCUACCCGAUUCUCGCAUGCAUGUCGUCUUUCACAUCUCGCUUUCUUUUUGGCAUCUUUUCCUUGUUGUUUUAUCAUUAUCAUCUCCGGUGUAACAAUAGCAUUGUAUUUUCUAAUCUUAUCUGUACCGACAGCUAUUAGACAAUCAAAUAGGCCGUUUGGCCUUGGAUUUGCUGUAACUUC